ACGCGGGGCGCCAGCUGCCAACUUCGCGCGCGGAGCUCCCCGGCGGUGCAGUCCCGUCCCGGCGGCGCGGGCGGCAUGAAGACUAGCCGCCGCGGCCGAGCGCUCCUGGCCGUGGCCCUGAACCUGCUGGCGCUGCUGUUCGCCACCACCGCUUUCCUCACCACGCACUGGUGCCAGGGCACGCAGCGGGUCCCCAAGCCGGGCUGCGGCCAGGGCGGGCGCGCCAACUGCCCCAACUCGGGCGCCAACGCCACGGCCAACGGCACCGCCGCCCCCGCCGCCGCCGCCGCCACCGCCUCGGGGAACGGCCCCCCUGGCGGCGCGCUCUACAGCUGGGAGACCGGCGACGACCGCUUCCUCUUCAGGAAUUUCCACACCGGCAUCUGGUACUCGUGCGAGGAGGAGCUCAGCGGGCUUGGUGAAAAAUGUCGCAGCUUUAUUGACCUGGCCCCGGCGUCGGAGAAAGGGGUCCUGUGGCUGUCUGUGGUCUCCGAGGUGCUGUACAUUCUGCUGCUGGUGGUUGGCUUCAGCCUCAUGUGUCUCGAACUCUUCCACUCCAGCAAUGUCAUCGACGGGCUCAAGCUCAAUGCCUUCGCGGCUGUCUUCACGGUGCUCUCAGGCCUCCUGGGAAUGGUCGCCCACAUGAUGUACACGCAGGUGUUCCAGGUCACCGUGAGCCUCGGUCCUGAAGACUGGAGACCCCAUUCCUGGGACUAUGGGUGGUCCUUCUGCCUGGCGUGGGGCUCCUUUACCUGCUGCAUGGCAGCCUCUGUCACCACGCUCAACUCCUACACCAAGACGGUCAUUGAGUUCCGGCACAAGCGCAAGGUCUUUGAGCAGGGCUACCGGGAAGAGCCGACCUUCAUAGAUCCUGAGGCCAUCAAGUACUUCCGGGAGAGAUGGCAAAUCGAGGCACAGAGAGGGAGGGCGACUUGCCCCAGGUCACACAGCUGGAUGGAGAAGAGGGACGGGAGCGAGGAGGACUUUCACUUAGACUGCCGCCACGAGAGAUAUCCUGCCCGACACCAGCCACACAUGGUGGAUUCCUGGCCCCGGAGCUCCGCACAGGAAGCACCAGAGCUGAACCGACAGUGCUGGGUCUUGGGGCACUGGGUGUGACCAAGACCUCAAGCUGGCCCGCGGACCUCAGGCCAUCGCUGGCACCAGCCCCUGCUGCAAGACCACCAGAGUGGUGCCCCCAGAACCCUGGCCUGUGUGCCGUGAACUCAGUCAGCCUGCGUGGGAGAUGCCAGGCCUGUCCUGCCCAUCGCUGCCUGGGUCCCAGGGCCUUGGAAAUGGGCCAGGGCAGGCCCAAGGGAAUGCACAGGGUUGCACAGAGUGACUUUGGGACAGCAGCCCCGGACUCUUGCCGUCAUCACAUAAGGAGCCCUGCUGGGCACAGCUGUGAUGCCAGGAGACACAUGGCCACUGGCCAUUGAAUGGCUGGCACCCACAAGCCAGCCAGGUGCCCAGAGAGGCAGAGCCCUAUGGGGGGCAGAGAGUGGCUUCCUGAAGGAGGGGGCAGUGGCGCAGGCACCGCAGGGGUGUCACACAGCAGGCACACAGCAGGGGCUCAAUAAAUGCUUGUUGAACUUGUUUUCUUGCGGUGUAUGGAGGCCAGUUGCUCUCUGGGCUGUGGCUGCCCCGUCAUUGCCCCACCCCAUUACUCCUCAAGGAGGCUGAAGGUGACAGCAGAGACUGUGCUGAGGCCAGGGCCAGACACUGCAGGGUGGCAGGGAGGGAGCACAGAGCCCAGGCUGGACACAGGCUGGCAGGGCUGCCUUGGAUUCCAGAGAGUAGGCAAGGCAGGGGCCAGGCAAGCAAGAAAUGUGGGGCGAGCAGGAAGUGGGCCCCCAAACCCAAGCCCUAAGCAGGGAGGGUGAAGAAGCCACAUUUCUCUUCAGAGCUCAGCAACAUUACACCACCCUGACCCUGAGGAGCUUUUACCCUGUGCCUAGCACCACCUUUACAGAAAAUCCCAGGGCUUAGAUGCCUGGAGAAACAGAUUCCUAUUAUAAAGAGGAGGGAAAUUAGGGUCACAGAGAUGAAGUAACUUGCCUGAGAUUACAGAGCUAGCAAAUGGCAGAGAUGGGGUUUGAAUCAGGACUCCUGACUCCAAGUUCAGUCAUUUCCCAAGAGGCCUUAUUCCUUCCCAGAAGAAUUUCUAGAGCUUUGCCCCAAGUAGAAUACAUUCUUCUCCUUUAUCCUUCCAUCCUUCCAUCUAUCAUCCAUCACUCAUCCAGCCGUUAUCCAUUAUCCAUCCAUCCAUUCAUCAUUCGUCCCUCCAUCUAUCAUUCGUCCAUCUAUUAUCCACCCAUUCAUCAUCUAUUAUCUAUCCAUCAUUCAUCAUCCAUCUAUCAUUCAUAAUUCAUCUUUCCACUCAUCCAUCCAUCAUUCAUUCAUCCAUCCUUCCAUCCAUCCAUCAUCUAUCCAUUCAUCCAUCCAUUUGCCAUCCAUCCACUAAUUCAUCAGCUAUCCAUCAUCUAUCCACCCAUCCAGCAUCCCUUACUCAUCCAGCCAUUGUCCAUUAUCCAUUCAUCCAUUUAUCAUUCAUCCCUCCAUCAUCAUUCAUCCAUUAUCCACCCACUCAUCAUCUAUUAUCCAUCUAUCAUUCAUCAUCCAUCCAUCCUUCAUCAUCCAUCCAUCCAUCUUUCAUCCAUCCAUCCACCCAUCCAUCCAUCCAUCAUCUAUCCAUCCAAUAUCUAUCCAUUCAUCCAUCCAUUCAUCAUCCACCCACCUAUUCAUCAGCUAUCUAUCCAUCAUCUGUCCAUCCAUCAUUCACCCAUCCAUCCAUCCAUCCAUCCGUCCAUCCAUCGUCUAUCCAUUUAUUGUCUAUGCUUUCAUCCAUCCAUUCACCAUCCAUCCACCCAUUCAUUAGCUAUUUAUCCAUUAUCCAUUCCUCCAUCUAGCCAUCAUCCAUUCAUCCCUUAUCCAUCCAACCAUUAUGCAUUUCUUCAUUUAUCCAUUAUUUAUCCUUCCAUCCAUCAUCCAUCAUCUUUCCAUCCAUUUAUCCAUUCAUCCAUCUAUCCAUCAUCCAUCCAUCCUUUAUCCAUCAUUCAUCAGCCAUCAUCCCUCCAUCUAUCCAUUAUUCAUCAUCCACUCAUCCAUUCAUCCCUCCAUCUGCCCAUUAUCCAUCAACCAUCCAUCCAUCCAUUAUCCAUUUCUGCAUUAUCCAUUUAUUCUUUAUCCAUUUCUUCAUCUAUUCAUCAUCUAUCCAUCCAUUAUCCGUACACCUAUCACCCAUCCAUUCCUUCAUCUAUCCAUCAUCCAUCAAUUAUCCAUCCAUUCAUCCAUCCAUCUAUCCAUCCAUCUAUCCAUCAUCCACUGAUUACUUGUCAUCCUUCUUCGUAUCAGACUUCCAUCCAUCCUCCUUCCAUGCAUCACCUAUUCUCAUUACUCAACCAUCCAGCUGUGCAUCCAUCUAUUCACUGGUAUAGUUCACUGUGCCCCUACUAUGUGCCAAGCACUGUGGUAGGCACUUGAGGUAGGAUGCUGGAGCAUCCAGAGAGGGCAUCUAUUGUCAUGAGCCUGGGUUCAGAUUCCACCUUCUCCACUUGUGACCUUGGGCAAGUUACUUGACCUUUCUGUGCCUGUUUCCUCAUCCAUUAAAUCCGGAUAAUCAUUAUACCUACCUCUUCAAGCUGUUGUGCAAAUUAAAUGAGCUAACAUAUUUGAAGUGUCUAGAACAGAGCCUGGCACAUGUAAACACUUUGUGGGUGUUUACUAACAGGACAACAAGGGGAAAUCGGGGCUGUGGGAGCUGUAGUCUAGGGAGGCUCCUUUGAGAAAAUGAUGUUUAAGCCAAGACAUGAAGAUUGUCCGGGCAUCAGCCAGGCAAGAGUAUAGCAGGGAAAGAAAGUACAUUAGAGGACUUUAAAAUAGUCCCGAUGGCAGGUGUGGAGAGCAGGGAGGUCAGGAGGCAGUGGUGGGAAAUUAGGCGUCAGAGGGCAGUGGAGCCAGGCCAGGAGGAACUGGAAACCUUCUUAGGGAGCUUAGAGUUUCCCCUGGGGCAAUGGGAAGUGGGCAGUGGGAUGCUUUUAGCAGACUGGGAUGCGCCUGGGUGUACAUUUGAGGAAGAUCACCGCAGCUAUGGGUACAGAAUAGAUGUGGGAGAUGCUUCUCCCUUCCCAUCCCUCUUAUACUCAAGAAAGGGAAGAAAGUGGGCUGGCUUAGGAAAGUUGCCCUGGGGAGGGGAACUUGCGGGCAGAUUCAGGAACCAAUUAGGAGGGAAUAGACUGAGUGGGAGAAGAGGAACGUUGGUGAUGACUCUCAGGUUACAGGUUCAGCUUGGGGGAUAGGGAAGAGGGAGACUUCGUGGUUCAGAUGUCUUGAGUCUCAGGGGCUCAGGGAACAGCCAGCUGGAGGUUUGUGCUCAUUCAUUCACGCAUUGAUUCAUCAAGUGAACAAUUUGUUAAUUCACUUUCCAUUCAUUCAGUAAAUAUUAAUGACCUACUAGGUGGGGCUUAAGGCGGGGCUGGAAAUGGGCCUGGGAGAGCAAUUAUGGUCCAGCUCUACUGAGGCCUUGAAUGUCAGAACAAGGAAUUUGGGCUUUGGCCUCAUCCAAGAGAUGGCGGCUGCCAUAUAUGGGCCUGGUCAGGGACAGAUCUGACAGGGAUCUAGCCCUGGCCACCAGGCAUCUAGGAGCUCGUGUUCUCACCCGGCGUCCUUCUGAAGUUGCCGAGUGGACCGCAGGAGGUCCAGGAGAUGAUUUUAGUUGACACAUGGGCAAAAUUUUAAUCUAUUUUAAUAGUUGUGUUUAUGUAAAUGUGUAUUAGAAAAAAAUGUACAGUGGGCACAUCAGUGCUAUGACUUCACAGACGUUACUGCUUAGGAUGAAACCAAAAUAGGCAUUUUAAGUAAAAGAAAAAAAGAGUUGGCUUAAAGAAAAAUA